CGUGACCGUUCCCUGGGCCACCAGGAGCCCCACUGGAAGGAGUUCCGCUUCGACCUGACCCAGAUCCCAGAGGGCGAGGCGGUCACAGCUGCCGAAUUCCGGAUUUACAAGCUGGCCAGCACCCACCUGCUCAACGGGACCCUGCACGUCAGCAUGUUCGAGGUGGUCAGGGAGCAGUCCAACAGGGAGUCUGACUUGUUGUUUUUGGAUCUUCAGACGCUCCGAGCUGGGGACGAGGGCUGGCUGGUGUUGGACGUGACAGCAGCCAGUGACCGCUGGCUGUUGAGCCGGAACAAGGACCUGGGGCUCCGCCUCUAUGUGGAAACAGACGAUGGGCGCAGCGUGGAUCCUGGCCUGGCCGGCCUGCUGGGGCGACGGGCGCCGCGCUCCAAGCAGCCUUUCCUGGUCACUUUUUUCAGGGCGAGCCCCGGUCCCGGCCGAGCCCCUCGGGCAGCGAGGCCCCUGAAGAGGAGGCCGCCCAAGAAAACCAACGAGCUGCCACACGCGAACAAACUCCCGGGGAUCUUUGAUGACGUGCACGGAGCCGACGGCCGGCAGGUGUGCCGGCGGCACGAGCUCUACGUCAGCUUCCAGGACCUCGGCUGGCUGGAUUGGGUCAUUGCGCCCCAAGGCUACUCAGCCUAUUACUGUGAGGGGGAGUGCUCCUUCCCGCUGGACUCGUGCAUGAACGCCACCAACCACGCCAUCCUGCAGUCCCUGGUGCACCUGAUGAAGCCGGACGCGGUCCCCAAGGCGUGCUGUGCCCCCACCAAGCUGAGCGCCACCUCCGUGCUCUACUACGACAGCAGCAACAAUGUCAUCCUGCGCAAGCACCGCAACAUGGUAGUCAGGGCCUGUGGCUGCCACUGAGGUCCGGCCCCGCCGCUGCAGAGACUCCCGCCUGGGUCCGGCCCUUUUCCAGACACAGGAAACCCUAGAUGCCAUCAUAGCUCAGGUGGGGCGGCAAGGAGGGCCCUCACUUGCAUCCCUGCCAGCGUCUCCCCAGGUCCCUCUGCCCCCUCCCCUGGUGUGUGUAGUAGCCCGACUGGCCUGAUGUGCACAGCAGCCUCAGAAGCAGAUGUCCUGCCUCAGGACCUGUCCUUGACCAUCUCCAACCCAGGCCUGUGUGAAGAGCACCUGGAGUGUGAGCUUAGCUGGUCGGGCUGAGUGGGGGGAAGUGGGUCUAUCCCUCUUUAGACACCACACUGGGCCUUCCAGGGCACAGACGUGCGGUUGUGCUCAGGAGUGUAUUACUGGGCUCCUAACGCUGCCCACUAGCCGUCAGCACAUUAGAGAAAGAAUAAGCUAGAGGAGCCUCAUGCUGAGACCAAGGCUGACGGGAAAGUUUUAUGGCAUAUGACGUCCUUCCUUGGGAAAGCGGUAUGCUGCCCCCACCCCAGAAGCAAAGAACCUUGGGGGCUUCGUUUCCCCCGUCUUUUUUCCAUGAGGCUUAGCACGGACACAAAAACCCUUAGAAGUAGACAGUGGCUGCAGUAGGUGGCACACAUGCCACCCCCUCCUGUCUCCUUGCCCAUGGCCCAUGUCAGUAAUCAACCUGGGUAUAUUCUCCACUGGACCCUCAGCCUACAAGUCCAGACACCCACCAGCAAAUGUAACUCCGUUUCCCCUUCCUGCCACACUAAGGAGCAACCCAUUCCGCCCAUAGCAUGGGGCCACCUUGGGCCAAGCACGGGGAACGGUCUGCUCACCAGUCCGUACCACCCUGUGUGCCCAGGAGCACUGUGCUCUCUCUGGGCCUGUGAACCAAAGAAAAGCUCUCUGUCCCAGGGGAGUGACAGAGGCAGUAAUUAGGGUGACCCGGGUGCAGGUUCCCGGAAACAACUGUUCUCGGAGCGGCCGCCACCACAGGCAGUUGGAGUGUUUAUUUGAUUUCUGACUUGCUAAGCCUGUAAUUUACCUGCUGGCGCAGACAGAGUCCAGCUGCCCGAGCCCUGAAAUACUGGGUCAUUAAAAGCCGAUCCCGGGCCCGCCCAACCCACAGGCACAGCCCAGCUGGGGCAGAACCACCCCUGCGCCCAAGGACGUGCAUCCCCGCCGAGGGGCCCCGGGCCGGCCGGCCUGGCGGCAGGUGCGGACGCCGGGGCCCUGCUGCAGGACAGCAGCCCCUCCACGGGGACGUGGAAGGGACUGUGGAGCAAGGACAGAGGAGGAGACCCUCCCGUAACAGAGGGCAGGCCCAGACUGUCUGCAGAGUGGGCACUUCCUGAUUGGCCUGGGGCUUUGAGCUCAGGCAGGCAGGGACUGGAGCACGAAGUGGCUGGAAUGUCAGGAGACCUGUACUUUAGUUCCAACACAGCCACUGCCCAGUUUGGUGUCAGGACAAGUCCCCUUCCUGAUUCAGGCUUCAGUUUCUCAUCUGUGACACAAGGAUUAGCCUCCUUCCUGCCUGAAACCCUGGCCCUCUCCUCUGUCAUAGAGCAAAGACACAGCCUGAGCGCCCAGCUGCCGUGUACAUCGGACAGGAAACCUGCCAUUUUGGGGCUUUAGCUAGCAGCUCUCUCCUCUCAAUAUCAGGGGCAGCCGAGGUUUGAAAACUUUUAGCAAACGUCAGUAUUAGAUGCUUCAACAUCUAGCACCUAACCUGGCAUGCUUUGGGGACGCCAGGAAAGCCUGUAGAAUGAAUGUUUUUAAGAUGCAGACUGCCUUGUCCCUUGGAUGUGCCAAAUAGGAAUGUGAGGGUCAUAAUCAGAAUCCCUGUCUGUGCCAUAAAGCUGGAAGUACAGUGGUCAUAGACUUCCUGACAGACUUCUAGAACCUCCAGCCAGCCAGCAAAUUGAAACCAAACAGAAAAGGCCUUGGAGAACAGGGAGAAUUAUGGAUGCAAAGUCAACGAAGGGACAGUCAUCUGAUUUAUUAUAUGGUUGCCCAAUGGCCCAGGUUAGGUUGAAGGCAGCACAUUAGAAGCA